CCCCGCGAGAAAGGCCUGAAGGUUGGGAGAAGAACUUGAAGAGGUCCCAUGAGAAAGAAGUGGGGCGGUAGGGUGGGCCUUAGAAAUCCGGAAAAGGCAGAGCCUCAAGAUGAUGGACAACAGAAGAGAGACGGCGGGUAGGCAUUAACCACCCCCCAGGCUCGGUGCCGGGUCUCACCUGGCUGAAAGUCGGUUUGUUGUGAAGCCGGGAGCACCGGUCCCCGUGCCGGCAGGCCCCGAUCUUAAAGUAAAAAGAGCAGUUAACCCUGGAAGAGGUGCAAAGACAGAGGUGAACCGAGGGCCGGGGAGCUGGACACCCCGGAAACACCGCCCCACGCCUCCCAGCCCCCUGGGAACCAAAAAUCCCUGCCCUGGCACCCCGAGGGGCCAUCCCCUGUGCCUUUUCUCACUUGUCCUUCUCAGUCCCGAAUAUCGAAGCUAAAUAUUCAGCCAUUUUUACCCGAACGCUCCAAUUCUCUCUGCUGUUUACGUCGCUUCCGUUGCUUAAGUGCAAUGGGAAGUGUAGUUCAUUGCUGCCGCUGGACACUCAGAACCUCGCUAGUGCGCUUGCGUGGUGGAAGCCUGCGCCCUCUCCGCAGACUCGCCCUCCGGAGUUGACUGAAGGCGCAUGCGUGCAGCGUUGCCUCUCCAGAAAAGGACUACAAACUCCAGAAGCACUUGCGGCAUCUCGCGCAAAAGUCCGUAGUUGAAAGUGGCAACGGGUCCAAGCCGGAGGAAGUAAGACUCCCCUGGGGCGUGGUCGCUUGUGAUCCUUGCACCUGUCACUUUGGGUCACAGCUCCGGUCUUGUCCCGCAGACCCUCAGAAGACCCGGCCGCUGAGCAACUAUGAACUUAGAGCGAGUGUCCAACGAGGAGAAGUUGAACCUGUGCCGGAAGUACUACCUGGGUGGGUUUGCUUUCCUACCUUUUCUUUGGUUGGUCAACAUCUUCUGGUUCUUCCGAGAGGCCUUCCUUGUCCCGGCAUACACGGAACAGAGCCAAAUCAAAGGCUAUGUCUGGCGCUCAGCUGUGGGCUUCCUCUUUUGGGUGAUUAUACUCACUACCUGGAUCACUAUCUUCCAGAUCUACCGGCCACGUUGGGGUGCCCUUGGGGAUUACCUCUCCUUCACCAUACCCCUGGGUACCCCCUGACAACUUCUUGUGCACAAGCCUGAGGACCAGGAUGGGCUCCUCUACUCCAAGCCCCUCUCAAGUCCCUAAGACUUUUUCCUAUCUCCUGUGUUCUCUGCUGGCAUUCCCCAAUAAAGGACCCUAAUUCUCAAUAUUAA